GCCUGCCUGUGUAUCUAGGGCCACUCGGAAGUUUCCUGUCUGCAGUUGCUCCAGAGCAGGGCCCUGCCCAGACACGGAGGCAGGCAGGCAGGCAAGCGAGUAGGCAGGGGGGAGACUGAGCUGACCCACAGGGAAACAAAUUGUAGCUGGCCGACAGGCAGACGAACAGGCGGCAGAACGGACGGACGGGCGGCGGCUGCGAUUGACGGCUCGGCGGCAGGCUGGUGGAAAAUGUCGUCAGGAGCUGGUGGGCGGGGAAGACAGCAAUGUAGAGCCUCCGGGAGUUCAGGCUUGGUGGAGGAAGGUCCAGUGGGCAUCCCCUUCCCUGAGCACAGUGCUGACCUGCUGGGCAGUCUCAACCAGCAAAGGCUAAGUGGGCUGUUGUGUGAUGUGUUGCUAGUGGCCCAAGAGAGAGAAUUCCCUGCCCACCGCUCCGUAUUGGCCUCCUGCAGCACCUACUUCCACAAGCUUUUCACCUCGGGUCUGGCUGCUGACCGUCAAAGAGUCUAUGCACUGGACUUUGUGCGGCCUGAAGCGCUGGCUGCCCUCUUGGACUUUGCUUACACAGCCACACUCACAGUCAGUCGCAACAGUGUGGUUGACAUCUUAAGCGCUGCCCGUGUGCUCGAGAUCUCACCCAUCCAAGAUGUCUGCACACACCUGCUGGACACCAAAGUGCUCUCCCCGCCGGCGGGCAGUGAGCAAGAAGAUGACGAGGAAGAAGAAGAGCGAGGAAAGAAUGGAAGAGAGCAGGGCAUCCGGCUGCGUGCCCGCGAGUAUCUGGAGUUCUUCCAGAGGGGGGCGCAUUGGGGUAGCAACUGCAGCACACCAGAGCUCAGGGACCUGCCCACACACCUGCACUUUAGCCAACGUAACAGUGCUGACAGUAAUGGCACGCCCACCGGCCCUGCUGACAGCUACUCCCCACUGGCCCAAGUCUUAGCGCAGCCGCCUCGUGCACCUGAAGACAAUGAUGCUGAUGAGGAACACCAUGACGGGGCUUUGGUUCGAGGGAAAGGUGCACAGGCUCUGAUGUCCUUUUAUGCUCCCACACAGAAUGGACAUUUCUACCUCCAUCAAGCAGAGCCCAAAUCAGAAAGAGAGGUGGAGGUGGCAGGCGAGCGGGAACAUGAGCGAGGCCCAGCCAGUGCUUUGCUACAACAGAUGAUGGACUCUUUAGAGCGGAAAAGGGAGCAGCCCACAACAGGUGGUGGGGGUGAGGAGGACGGGCCGGAGGGUGAAGAGCCGGAUGUGGAAUUUUACUUGAAGUACUUCAAUAGUGCGCAGCAUGAAGAGGCCGCCAGUGCCCCCAUCUCACCAAGUCUGCUACCACUAUGGUCGAUGAGGGGCAGCGGAAGUGGGAACCAAGCGACUGGAGGGGGUAACAGUGGUGAAAGGAAAAUGCGCUCUAAGGCCUUCCAGAAAUGCCCCAUCUGCUUCAAGGUCAUCCAAGGCGCAGGCAAGCUUCCACGCCACAUUCGUACACACACAGGAGAAAAGCCCUACGAGUGCGCCAUCUGCAAAGUGCGAUUCACAAGGCAGGACAAGCUAAAGGUUCACAUGCGCAAACAUACGGGAGAGAAGCCUUACCUGUGUACUCAGUGUGGUGCCGCCUUCGCCCAUAACUACGAUCUGAAGAAUCACAUGCGCGUACACACGGGCCUGCGACCCUACCAGUGCUCCAGCUGUUUUAAAACCUUUGUGCGGUCAGACCACCUCCACCGUCAUCUCAAGAAAGACGGCUGCAACGGCAUCCCAUCCCGACGAGGCCGCAAGCCACGCAUACGAGAUCCUGAGCUCCUGGAAGGUCCUCUGGAACUCCAUGGUCCAGAAGCAAAUAUUGAGAGAGGUCAACGUUGUCUAGAUGGGGGCAGCGGAACAUCGCUCAUUGAGGAAAAUCAUGGUAGUCGCACACACAGCCCCAUUGCUGAUGGGGAAGGUAGCGAAGAUUUGACCUUAGGACAAAGGGACUCUGCAACUACAUGAAUCAAACUUCGUUAGAGAGGUCUUCACUCGAAAACCAGAGGAAGAAUAAAACAGAAAAAUAAGAAUCAAACAAAUUGUUUUUAAACUACAUGGUCCUCUUUAAAAAAAAAACAAAUCAGGGUGUCAAGCAAAUCUAAUCUCCUAGAUUCUUUUUCUCCUUUUUAGCUUUUGCAUUCCAUAUAGAGACUUAACCAUCGAGUUACUGGUCUGUUGAAAGAGCGAAGAGCACUUCAAACCACUCACCCGUGCUGUCAACAUCUUUCUGGGUCUUUUUUUGGUCUUUUUUGUAACAUUGGCAUAAUGGCCUAGCCAUAUGCGUAUGAGAAAAAGCUACUAUGCAGUUAAAAUAUGUUCCUCAUCUCUGGGUUGCAUCUAUAGGGCCUUGUCUCAAAAUAGUUAGGUGUCAAACACCAUGCUGACUGCUGUUUCAGCAGGUUGGCUAUGAAUGGUUUAAGAAGUGACCAAGGCAACCAAUAAAUCUCUUUUUCUAAUGCAAUGAGCAACAUGUACAUACACGAUGAAAAUAAUUAUAUUGUCUCAGAUUGCUAUAUAUGCAAUAUUCUGAUGCAGCACCUUUUUUCUAAAUGUUUCAGAAAGAAUCAGACAGGGGUUUGAUUUAAAGUGUUACUUUCUCUAUAAAAUAUGUUUUUUGAGAAUUUGUCUGUUUAUGAUUUAAAAGGUUAACUUUUUGAGUAAAAUCCACAUUCUCAUUAAUUUGUUUCAGGCAGGGAGAGGGUAAGAGAAGGGAUGAGGUCCUGUGUUUUUAAAGCACUACCUUCACCUUAUCGCCACUGGGCACAAUCAUGUUAAAUCUUACCUCUCAUGGGCCUGCUUUUCCUUAUUGGCAGUCUUACUUGCAUCAUUCUUAUUUUUGGGAUUGUCUUAAUAUUUGGUUAUUAUUGAUGUUUUUAUUUUCCUUUGAGUUGACUAUUUUGGGUACUUGACACUUUACAUUUGUAUACGUGUGUAUAUAUUAGGUUGUAAUGUUAUGAAACCCUUUAUAAGAGAUAUAUUGCAGAUAGAUAGGGUUACAUCUUCUUUUAGCUUCACUCCAGGUUUCUUACUGAGUUACGUUUGCAGGGGUAAAUACGCUGUUUUAGAGCAUUCUAAUUGAGAAACCCAUUUUUCCUAAACUGCACUUAAUCAAACCUAGAAGUUUCAUCCCAAAGUAUAAAUUGUGAUAAACUUCAUUUUGAGUGUUUCCACAGGAGUGAAACUGUAUGCAACAGAGGAGUGAGGGCACCACUGUUAUAAACAGCUGGUGAUUACUUAGGCAGGGAAUAUUUUAUUGUUUUUUUUGUUGACAGAAAGAGAGGCGAGCACCUUUUUAUGCAUCUGAACAGCUUUACUAAAGAUAUCCAACAGAGAUAGAGAAAUAUAUAUUUAAGGAGGCAGUUUGGGUUAGGAAGAAACAAAGUGCUUAUUCAAAUUCUUUGCCCAAGGGACCACGUUAAAAAAACUGAGCGUUAAGGUGAGCAAUAAAUUAAUGUCCAAAUAAGCACACAGCUGUAGCAGAGUAAGAAGGCGGGUCCAGUUUUUAGUGUACAUCAUCCAUUAAUGCAAUAUAUACAAUGAGAUAAAAUAGCUAUACAUACAUUAUUACUCCUUUCAUGAUGCAAACGACUGGCAGAGGGUUUGGGAGAAAGAUUCCUAAAAACUGAGACUGUUAUGAAGUAAUAUGUGCUUCCUUGUGUAGAUGAGAAUGGGUGCAACUACGUCCUAUGGCCACAUCAGAGCCGGAUGACUCACUGAGAGGGGCCUGGAGCAUCAGCAGGCACUUUGUGGGCAUGUCUAGACAGGCUCCCCCCAAAAUCCAGCAGAGUGGGUGCUUUGGUUAAGUUAGGACUCUUGAUUAAAUAAGGCAAAUAUGAGGGCAAGACUUGACAAAGGUGGAUCCUUUUAUUGCUAAUAAAGUGGCGGAUUUGAAAGGAACUUACCAGGCACAUGCAUCCAAAGAGCAGCUAAUUUUUUAUCCUUACGGGAUAUUUCAAGUGGAUCCCACAUACAUGAUAAUGUGGCAAUUGAGAGGACAUUUUCAGUAUCGUUCCUUCUGCCUCUGCAGUGCUGUACCCUCUUUAUCAGUCUUUUGCACCUUAAUAAGAAAAAAAGCAAGAUUUGAAUGCACUUUGUUAUGAAGGGCACUUUUUAGUCAAAAGAAACGGGUAUUUUUAACAAAAGACCAAAUGUGAUAUAAAAAAAAAGGCCCAUUCAAGUAAUGAUGCUUAGCUUGUUUUUUGUUUUUGGCUUGUUUAUUUGCGUUACUUUCAUUAAGGUCUUGACACCAAGCUGCCAAAAAAGUUCACAGUCACUUGAGAAGAGGAAAGAGCAGGGUGAAGUCAUUGUGUUGUUGGAGGAUGUUGGUUGAUGAGAUGUUAACUGAAAAAAGCAACAAGGAGAAAUACCCCUCCAAAAUAAAUAUAUUUGUAAGCCUAAUGACCAAUUGCACUUAAAGUUAAAAUAUGAUAAAAGGUUGAAGAGUUCUCUGUUUUGUCUUAAUACAAGGAAGAGAAGUGAGAUAUGUGGCAGCAUGUAAGCGUCUACAGGGUUUUAUGUAUGAUGUACAAGUUAAAUACUCCAUUUAAAUCAUUUAGUUUCUGUCUGUGCAUUACAGUCUCUGAACAUGCAUCAAGAAGUGUCAUAGUCACUUUAAAUAUGUUGUGAAAGGCCACACCUUAAGCAUCACACUACAGUUAGUUAGAAAGUUUUUGACUGGAUGACACAGCAGAAUUAAUUCAUCUGGAAAUGUUUGUGUGCGAGCGUGUGUUUUCAUACUCCAAAACACACUGCGUUAGAAUUACAUCAUGUCUGCAUAGGUUUGUGUGGUUGCACAUUGACCAAGGCCAGCUCUGGUAUAAUUAUCAAUUCUGUUUCACUUAUGGCCUGCAAUCCAAUAUGAAGUUCACAGUAGAUGUUAAAUUUGUAAGGACAUUUCGGACCUUUGCCACAACCCAAAUGUAUCCUUCCUCGUUGCAGAAGUUGGAGUGGAAUUGUUGGGAGAAAAGCUUACUUGAGUUUCCUUUGUCUUAUUGCUGUUCUUUUUUUCUAUGAUCUUUAGUGUGAGAGUUUAAAACUUGCAAUGCUUCUUUUGUUUUAUUUUAAAAUGUGUUGCUUUGGCUUAUUUUUUUUUUAAGCAAAGAUAAUGCUAGCUGUGUGGGUGGGGUUAAGAAAGGGAGGGGCAAUGGGUUAAGUGGUGGUGGAUAAUGGGUGGGUGGCAGGUACAAAGCUUGAUAGCACUGGAAAUGUUGCUUUAGCUGAGAAAGAGUUUUUGCACUAAAAGUCACUCGUGUCCUUGUGCUUGUCCUUGGAGGAGGGGGACUGGAGAACCAGGCAAGGCCUUUUAGUUUCUGUGAAUGCAGACCCCAUUAAAUCUCCUCAAUUGACCAGUUGAAAACCAAAGUUGGCAAAGACUUGGAUUACUUGAAGUUUCUAGACUGUUCAAAGAAAAUAGAUUUUGAAUCUUACAUUAUCCUCAAUGUAAAACAUAAUUUCUCCAGGGCAAUGGCAACUGAAGUAAGUUGCUUGAGGAAAGAAACAGUAUUCAAGUAGUGGCUUAUUUCCAAUGGUUAACAGGAUCAAACCUUAAGCAUCUGUGUCUACGUAGCAGUUUGGUGGAGUUAUUAGAGGUCUGUGAGUUCACAGGAACUAAUUGGCUUUGUCUGGAGAGGGGCAUAAGCUUUGUUCAAUGGGUCCAAAAGGAAUCGGGGCAGAGUCUUGAAGCUUACUAAGUGGAGAAGGAUUGUGGAGAGAAUGUGCCUUAACAUGAAAGGAAAUUGGGAGGAUUCCUCAAAAGAUGGCUUCCAUUCCCGCUUCCCAAAUGAUUCUUGAAUACUUGUGUCAGAUUUAAAAUGCGGUUAAAAUAAAUUUAUUAUUGUGGACAGUUCUAAGAACCAAAAGGUUGUUUGUCCAGAGCUUGUCUAAUACACCUCAACUUGUAAAUACAAACCAAUUCUUAAAGUUGUCUCUUGGUAAAACUGAGUAAGGAGAUUCUGGCAUCUUCCAUUUAGCGCUGUUUAUUGCUUCCACCCCAAUGACGGACACUACACUGAGAAAGUGUCUCAAAAAUCCAUUUACAUGACUUUAGAAUAUCCAUGUAUGUAAUAUCCAAAUCUUAUUCUGUUUUGUGUCUUUAUUUGUUUAACUUAUUUGGCAGUAUGCCAAAAGCAUUAAAGAUUACAAUGACAGUGAUAACUGUAAUAAUCAUGGAAGAUAUAAGAUGCUAUUUAGAUGUUCUGGAUGGGUCGAAGCACAACUAGCUGAGGAUAACAAAAUGCAUGGCUAGAUUCACACAUUUGUUCUCACCUGACCCACUGCUGUUGGAUGCCCAGUUGGCACUUUGCACAAGGAGUGGCUCAUGGGCAGUGGGUACUAGUUUGCACAGAUCGGGGAGGGUGGGUAGCAUUUUAUGUCCAGUUGGGAAAGGCAGUGUUGUCUUAUAGUGGGCUUGGGAGAGCCUUUGUCAGGUAUUGCUGUGCCAUUAUGUGUACCUAAGGAAUUAUAGCCAUCUAACUCUUUGACUGCCUCAGCUGGUUAUGUUUCACUGAUCAAGUAGAUGUUGUGGAGAGAAAAUGUUAGAUGGUGGGAGGCAGGGGGAUUUCGGGGAUUAUGGGCCAUAAUUUAUGCUUCUCAGGUUAAAUAUAUCUGCAGUCCAUGUCCAUUUUUGUUGUUUGGUUGAAGCUAAAAUGUCGCCUUCUGUGAAAUCAAAGCUAUAUUGUACUAAAAGUACACAAUCUGAAUAUAUUAUUAUGAGUUUUGAAGAUAUGAUAUCAAAAGCCAAUUGCCCAUGUGACCACAAUACCCUAGUUUAUUUGCCUAAUAACUGAACGUUCUUGCCUAUAGAAAAAGAAUGGCAAAAAGUCAGCAUUCAGUUUUAACAUUCUAGAAUUAUGGGUUGUGUAUUAUCUUUGGCCACAUACACACUUAUCUGUUUUCAUUUGAAAAUGCAUUGAUUUUGCUACCAUUUUGCCUCUUAUCAACACUGGAACAGCAUUUUUGUCCACCAAAAAUGGAGACUUUCAAAAACAGUUUCCAUAACCGCAUACUUUGGAAAACGAUGAUGUAAGCAAACUGAAAAUGGAAGUUUAAAAAUUGUAUUAGUGAGUAUUUGGCCUUUUGUAGAUCUUAGAAUGAGGCCAAGUCCACCCGAAUAAAUUUUCGCUGCAUUUAUGCCUUUUAUCAACAUUAAAACUGUGUUUUCCUCCACUGAAAAUGGAGCACUACAAAAACGCUCUCCUUAAAGGCAUAUUUUGGAAAACCAUGACUUUAUGAAAAAAAUAAUAAUAAUUCAAAUGAUAAUGGAUUAGUGUGGAUGUGGCCAAAGACAGCGGUGAAUUUUGGGAUGGAGACAUCAAGUCUUCAACAAGUCAAGGAUGCAUUCCAUAACUUAAGAGUAAUAGUUGUUAUAACAAACAGAUACAGGUAGAAGGACAAGAAGUGGUUUCUUAAGUCUUAAAGGACUUAAAGGUUUGUUUCUCUUUUCUUCUACCAAGAAUGUCCUGAGAGUGUGUUGGGCUUCACAAAGCCAUCAAGCUGAUUGCAGUUCUGUGAUUGUAACAAAAAGCACUUUGAGAAAGGCCAUCCAGAAUAAUGUGUGCGGUCUCCUUUGAUUAUUAAUGUUGUUGUUAUUGUUAAUUUUUACAAUAUCUUGUUGAUGCUUUUUUUUUUUUUUUUUUUUUUGUUAUCUCGUGUAUGUAAUGAUUUAUUUAAAUGCAAAAACUACAUGAAAAGAAAAGAAACUUGAAUAUGCGAUUAUAUUUGGGUUAAAGUCCAUUUUAACUGCCGCCCCGAACCACACACAUACUUGGAAAGACACAGCAAAACAUAGAAUGUCAUAUGUUCAGGUUGUUGUACUUGUUUUAUUUUAGCAUUUGUUUCCCCACCCAAAUCUCAUCAAAAGAAGACUACAUUUGUUUAAGGAAUUUUUUUCCUGGGCUUUCAUGGUUCUGAAAGAGUAGAUCUAGAUUAUUAGUAUUGUUGGGGCCUAACUAUCCCAAAAAAUUCUAAUGUCCACUUAAAAGCGGUCAAGUUUGAAACACUAUUAAACUUUACUGCAUAUGGGUAGCAUACAAUAUCUCUAAUUAGUUUCCUUCUGUGUUGUUAGGUGAUAAAUCCACUAGCAUAAUGUAUUUUCCACAUUACAUAAUGUAAUUUUAGUUUUUUUUUUCUCAAGUGUGAAAUUGUCUUUUUUUUCUUUCUUUUCUGAGACAUUUAUAAGGGACUCAUUACAUACCAUAUUCCAAGCUUGCAUCUCUUGUUUAUUUAAUGUUUCUUGUAUAGAAUCUGUAGGACAGAUGCAAACUCUGCAGAGAAAACCAUAAAUAAUUUUCAGGCUUCAGGGGCACUUUUAAACACUUCUAUAUAUUUUGGGGCGGCAGAAAAAUUCCCAGAGUCUCAGGCUUGGACAGCAGAAACCCUGUUCUUUUUCGUUUUGAUUAAAUCCUGUCCUGUUCCUUUCCAUUGUCUGUCAGUGCGUGUUGAAGCUAUAGAGAUGUAUUUGAGAAUUCGGGAGAAUUUGCACUUUUGGCGAUGAAAAGAAUUUGUAUUGUAUAUGAGACCACUAAAUCUACAUCGUCUUAAUCAAACAAUUCCAUCUUGUUUUCCUUUUAUGUUUUACUCUAUUUUUAUUUUUUUUCAAAAAUAUAUCCAAAACUGUCUGACGUUUAAGAAAUAAGACAUUUCUAUUAAAAACAGAAUGUUUACGACCAUCCUGCCUUUGUCUGCUAUUUGUAUCUCUAUAUUUAAAUCUCUCUAUAUGCAUGUCUGUAGAAUGAAUAAGGUUUUUUUUGUUAUUUUGACCGAUUCAUCAGUUUUUGGACUUUAUACGGACACCUAUCUUUGUGACUGCAGCAUCAUACACAUUUUUUCAGUU